CCGGCAGCGGGAGCGGCGCCCUCCGGGGGUGGAGCCGCCGCCGCCCGUCCCGCCCGCGGCCCGUGCGCGGUGGCGUCACAGCGUGCGGGCGGCGCUGCCCGCGGCCGAGGGCGCCGAGCCAUGGCCUCGUCCGUGGUGCGCGCCACGGUGCGCGCCGUCAGCAAGCGCAGGAUCCAGGCGACCCGCGCCGCCCUCACGCUGACCCCUUCUGCUGUCCAGAAGAUAAAAGAGCUUCUGAAAGAUAAACCUGACCAUGUAGGUGUGAAAGUAGGUGUUCGUACAAGGGGAUGCAAUGGACUUUCCUACACGUUAGAGUAUACAAAAUCGAAAGGAGACUCUGAUGAAGAAGUAGUUCAGGAUGGGGUUAGAGUGUUUAUUGAAAAGAAGGCACAGCUGACACUUCUAGGAACUGAAAUGGACUAUGUAGAAGACAAACUGUCCAGUGAAUUUGUCUUCAAUAAUCCAAACAUCAAAGGAACGUGUGGCUGUGGAGAAAGCUUUAACAUCUGAAAUGUGAAGAUUACUUCUUUGACUUGGAGCAGCCCAAAACACUUACUAUUAUGACUUUCAGAAGCAAAUGAAUUUUCUUCAGGUUUGUAGGCUGCGUAAAGUGGGGAUACUAUUAAGAAAAAUAAAGUUACAUAUUUGAAAAUAUAAGAUGUGUGUUAAAUUCCACUGCUGAUGUAGUUAUGCUGUAAUUUGUGAUGAGUUGGGAUCUAAAAGGUAAGAACAGUAAGUGCUGCAGUAACAUCUCUACUUUCACUUGCCAAACAAAUAAAAUUUCACUGUUCUUCUCCUCUGUCAUGUUCUUUGUCAUCCUACUCAUACUUCCCCAUUCAAAACCCAUUUGAAAGAAUGUAUAGUGUUCUGCUUUGAUUUGGGGAAAACAAACAAGCAAAUAAACAAAAAAUGGUAACCA